CUUGGAGUCUGGGGGCCUGGGAGCCUGGGAGCUUGGGAGCCUGGGAGCUUGGGGCCCUGGGAGCCUGGGGGCCUGGGAGCCUGGGGGCCUGGGAGCCUGGGGGCCUGGGAGCCUGGGAGCUUGGGAGCCUGGGAGUCUGGGGGCCUGGGAGCCUGGAGGCCUGGGAGCCUGGGG